CAGUCGGAUUACUUGAAUAUGCUAAACAGCGUGGUAUUGAUCUAACAUACUGGUCUACUAUUGGCGGUGACAACACCAAUGUUAACUCUGGUUAUAAAGUAAGUUCGUUGCGAAGAUCUCUAUAUUAAUAUUAUAUGAUUUGUAAUCUAUAUUCCCUCAUACUAUUCGUCCCCACCAACGGUACUUUGACCCUCGAAAAUAAAAUGUGUAGGUCUAGUAUAUAAAAACCGAAGGUUUGUCAUUUUCGGCAACAAAUAAUUAUAUACGUUUUCUAUUAUAAUAAAAUAGUUUGAUGAUUGAUGAUACAAAUUUACAACGCAGGGAGGAGCGUUCCGAGAACUGGAAAUGAUGCUGAAACGAGAAUUACAGAGAUCACUUUGUCUAUUGCACCAGGUUGAGCUACCAUUACGGAAACUAUUCGUAUUCUAUGGUGGGACUUUCACGGCUCCUGGUUCGUUUGGAGGACCGAUCGGAGACCUUAUAAUGUCUGACAAUCUUCCUGAAGUAACUACGUACAAAAAGAUAAGCUGCAAUUUUCCACGCAUCCCUGAAGAGGUGCUCAAUAAAAUGUCCAACGAUAGUGUACUCAUGUACAAGUAUUGUAUAGCUAUUGACACUGGCCGGCCUUUCCGAUUUGUUAACGGGAAAAUUGACAGAUUUGUCAACAACAAAAUCGGAAACUGCUCAACUGCGAGAUGGAUUACCCUGGGAACCAGGAUACUCCGUCUCUACAUGACCAGUUCCUCCUAUAACUCCCAUUGCGCAGAGAUUUUGGAAAGGAUGGCGAAUUUCAUCGUCCAUGUAUAUUAUAAGGUAUUUGCCAAUAUAAAGCUAAAGCCCAAGUUGACAGAUGCAGCCGUGCAUAUAUUUGACGAAAUAAGGUUAGCAAGGGAGAACUGUCAACCGGAGGAGAAGAAAAUCGUAUAUGAAUCGAUUCAGCAAAACGCUUUCAUGGCCCAUCCUGAGAGCGUCAUCUUGGCGAUGCUAGCGGAUGAGAAAGGAGUGAUACGUCAGAGGGGUAUCUCUAUCGUGAAGUAUAUCCGUGCUUCAGAAGCCUACGACCGCUACAUCGAAACAGAAUCUGGGUCUCGACUACCCAAAAAGAUAAGACAGUACAUCUCACCUCAGAUUAACUUUGAUUGCAAAAGCUUUAUCGAUAUGUUUGUGUCGGUUUACCAGGUAGUCAAAAAACCAGAGAUACCACUCGAUUCUCAAGGACGGUUCCUACCUUUGCGUCAUGCUGACCGAAGCGUAUCAAUGAUGAAACCCCCGAAACGGCUUAUGUUUAAGACCAAGCUGGGAUCCUGGGAGCCGAUCACUGCCCCUCCUUUAAUCAGACAACUAAGCUCUGUGGAGUUGGAUGAUAUAAUAAAUACUCCACUAAGUUGUAGUAUUCCCUGUCACACCCAGUCAGUGGAACACACGGUCGCUCUGGUCACAGGAUCAACGAAGAGAUAUCGGUCGGAAGAUACCCAACUUGCCAAUAUGCUGCAAACUGCAGCGGCCAGAAAGAAUCUAAGUGGCCGAGUUACUCAUAAAAGAUUUUGUAUGGACCCGGACCCUAGCAAUUAAAGAAUACAGAUUUUAUAACUUUAAUUUUCCUAUCUUCAAAUUCAAUUAUUAUUGUAUCAUCUCAAAAUUUACGUUCACGCAUUUUGGAGCAACUGAAAUUGUUUUUUA